CUGACACUGUAUUUCGCAGUAUUCACUUCAUUGUCGUCAUCGUCAACUCCCAUAUAUUAAUAUAAGAAACAACCUUUCUUUUCGCCGUUUCUCUUCCAGCCACAUUCUAGGGUUAGGGUUUCUUCUGCAUCUGCUUCAAUGGGGAAGGGAACAGGGAGCUUCGGAAAGAGAAGGAACAAGACUCACACGCUCUGUGUGAGGUGCGGCCGCCGCAGCUUCCAUCUCCAGAAGAGUCGGUGCUCCGCUUGCGCCUUCCCUGCUGCCCGCAAGAGAAAAUAUAACUGGAGUGUGAAGGCCAUUAGGAGAAAGACCACCGGAACCGGUAGGAUGAGGUACUUGCGCCACGUCCCCCGCAGGUUCAAGAGUGGCUUCAGAGAAGGCACAGAAGCUGCACCAAGGAAGAGGGGAGCUGCUGCUACUGCCUAAGGCUUUGAAAGAUUGUUUCUUUUACUCAAUUUAUAGGAUUGCAAGAAUUUUAUAUAUUGAGGCAAAGUUCAUUGAGACAUUACUUAUCAAUUUUGAUUUCAUUCUACCUUUAUAAUUCUUCAACAUAUCAAUACUGUAAGACUUUUUGUUUGUUUAA